UCUUAUCUUCUUCACACAACACAAAUGCAAGUGAAAUUCUUAUCUUCUUCACACAACACAAAUCCAAGUGAAAUUCUUAAAGGAAUCAACGGUAAGGGAUUAUAUGGCAAGACUAGUAAGAACAAAGAUGAGUGCCAGUAAUUGCAAAGGUAAGAUGCCUCAUGCCCUUCUCAUUCCAUUUUCUGCGCAGGGCCACAUAAAUCCCAUGAUGCACCUCGCCCGUAAGCUUGCUUCUGAUGGAUUCUUCAUCACCUUCCUUAACACCGAAGUCAGUCAUCAAAGAAUGAUCAAAGCCAACAAGGAUACAGACAUGCAUCAUAAAAGCGAAAGGAUCAGAAUGAUUUUUGUUCCUGGAGGACAGCUUCCCAAGGCAUGCGGUGGGAAGUACCUUAUCGAGGACAUCGAAUUUUUUUUUAGGGAGGUUGAAAAUUGCCUCGGGCCUUCUGUAAUUGACAAAGUUGUUCAGGAAAUAAACGACAAAAAUGAAGAGCAAAAUGUCACUUGCAUAAUAGCAGAUAUCUGGACUUGCUUUGGCCUCCAUACAGUGGCCAAACGCCAUCAUAUUUUGCUGGCAGCUUUCCAAACGUCGCUCGUUUCCACCUUUGCCAUCCGCUACUUCGGUUCCAAGAUCGUCUUCCUAGGGCUUCUUCCUUCCGAUGGUAUUCCAAAGGAGGAUGCGAUUCAAAAGUAUCUUCCCUCUAUGCCGCUGCUACACUCUGCUCAUCUGCCAUGGUUGUACGGAGGAGAAUACUUGUUUCAGCACGGGAUUCGUAUGGGAAAAGAAAUUGCUAAUAUCGAAUGGAUCUUGUUCAACACGUUUUACGAGCUAGAGCCUGGUGUAGCUGAUGAUUUGUCCAAAGAAGUGGGUGUUUAUCCCAUUGGUCCAUUGAUUUCUCCUGAGUUUCUGGACGGUGACAGAAACAUGUCGACCAUGGCUACCCCAAGCUUUUGGGAAAAUGACAUGGAAUGUUUGGAGUGGUUAGAAAACCAGAGUGAGCAAUCUGUGAUCUAUGUGUCUUUUGGGAGUGUGGCUAUGUUGAAUAACCGGCAAGUGGAAGAGCUUGCUCUGGGGCUGGAGGCUACCCAGAGACCAUUUCUUUGGGUUGUACGCUCGGAUCUAACGGAUGGGGCUACCGCCGUUUUGCCUGCGGGGUUCUUGGAUCGGGUUAGAGAUAGAGGGUGCAUAGUGUCUUGGGCUCCACAGUUAGGGGUGUUGUCCCAUCCUUCCAUAGCUUGUUUUGUGACCCACUGUGGAUGGAACUCUGUACAAGAGAGCAUCACAAUGGGAGUUCCGAUGCUCUGUUGGCCUUAUUUCGCUGACCAGUUCAUUAACAGCACAUAUGUUGUACAUGUUUGGAAGGUGGGGCUGCCUUUGAAAGCCAAUAACGAUGGGUUAAUAGAGAAAGAGGAGUUCAGAAGAGCGAUCGAAAGAUUAGUAGCUACAGAAGAAGGCAUGACAAUCAGGGAAGAAACGAAGAAAUGGAACGGUAUAGCGAAGAAUACGGUGAAAGAAGGUGGGUUAUCUUUUACUAAGUAUACUCUAUUCGUCAAUGCAAUGAUGAAAUUUGUGAAAAGCUAAAUUAUUGCAUUCAUAGACUCCAUAGAAAAGGAAUGUGGAUGAGCCGGAAAGCAAUGAUGAGACAAUUUUUACUUGUAAUUUGAAGCGCCCAUUUUCUAUACAACUCUUGGUCUUAGUUUCAUUAACCGAUAGGCUACAUAUAGUGUGAAGUUUUAGGUAAAACCUGUCUCACACCGGUAUAUGGUCUUUUUCAUGCCGGACACAGUUUUUAGUUUACACGAUACUGGUAUACAGUUUGACGAUUGAUGAUGAUUUGUUUUAAGUAACCUAUCCCGUGGCUAGUAAGUCUCACGCUGGCAAACUGCAAAUCUUUAUCAAGAAACUGCGAAUUUCCACCACAAAACUGUUUCAAGUAAAUGUAGAAUUUUCCACCACAAAACUGUUUCAAGUAAAUGUAGAAUGUUUUGGUAGGUUUCGUUCACGGCUGGCAGUCACUACUGAAAUAAGUCAAAUGUCAUUUCAAUUUAUCGUUCAUAUCAAAUAUCAGAUUUGUUUUGAAUGCAUUUUAUUACAGAUGUCAAAUGCAUUUAUACUUUACUAUGAUCAUCACCGCCAUGGCUGUCUAUAAACGCAAUGAAUUGUGUCGAGUAAAUACAAACAAUUUCCAGC